GCACCGGUCAUGCACGUACGACUUCUCUUUUAGCGAGAGUUUUAGUUGUGCCGUCCCAAGUAGUAGUUUAAAGCAGCUACACUGCAAGCAGUGAUAAAGGAGAGUCCCACCCACACUGUCGUCUCAAGUGCUUCAGCGUGCUUUGCGAGUCUUCAUCAGAAUACGAUUUCACAUUUAAUCAUCGCGCUAUACUCAUUUUUGCAGUUUCCCUCCUCGUGCUUUCUCAUCUUGCGCACCUGUGCUUUGUGCGCCUUUGCACUUUUCCAGAGUUGCCGCAGGCAACACAUCUUGAGACUUCUUUUUUGGCCUCUUUGCAUCCACGGUUUAUCUGCCGGUUGGGCUCUCCAUCUUCUGUGACUCUUUACCUGCUGCUGUCGGGCCGCACACUCUUUUGGCUCUUGUGAGUUGUGUGGUUUGUGCCUAUAGACCUCUCUCUCCGUCUUUCACGCGCCCUCCAUCUUUGGGGCCUUCUUUUCUGUUGUGUCUUGCCGUUGUCACUGCCUGUUUUUUUUUUUCCUCCCCUCUCCGUUGUACGCUGCGCUGUGCCGGCGGGUGGCACGGGGUAACACCACGCUCUCCUUCAUCCUUCUGUGUGUUUUUCUUCCUUUUGUGGAAGGUGUUUGAAACGUGGUAGUGUGGAAUAUAUGUGUAUCGGUAUAUGUGUGUUUGCUCCCAAUCGGGUUCUGGCUGUUUUAUGUUCAUCGCCGCAGGUUUAUGUGCGUCUGAGUAGCUUGUUUCUAUGAAAGAAAAACAAUAACGUUCUUCUUGUUUGGCAUUACGUUGUCUUCAUUUGACUGCAGCAACGAUGACAGUUCUCCAACACGUGUGCUCGAUGGCGAUGGUCAGCCUCGUCGUCCUUGUCAUCCAGAACAGCCUGUUGGUGAUCAUGACGCGCUUCUCGCGCAAAAAUGUAGAUGCCGCCGUGAACUAUCACACCUCCACCUUGGUGCUGAACCAGGAGUGUGCGAAGAUGUUGAUGUGCCUCAUCAUCUACGCCUUUGACGAUGUCCGGAAGCAGUUCGAGCGAGAGUCAGCUUCCUCGUCGUCGCCGCCGCCGCCGUCGCUGGGCAUCAACGGCACGAUCGCAGUCGUCGAAGAAGUUAGCGGUGAUGCCCCUUCGAAGCAAGCCGCAUCUUCGCUCGCUAAGCUGAAAAGCACAGGGGCGAAGGCGCUCUCUUCGCCCAACGACGAUGACAGCGACACCCCACCGUUUAAGGACGAUGAAGCAACCGAAGUUACGGUUGCGACGGUGAUGCGUGGCGCGGACAGCCGCCCUGUUGCGGUAACCUUUGGCGAGGAAGAAGGAGGUACGACGACUGCCGGACCAUCCACGACGGUGCGGCGCGGCAUGCGGGGGACGGUGGUGAGUACCUCACCUGCCGGAUCGAGCAGACCGACGGACCCGGCCGUUAAUCGACGAAGCAGACUUCGAUUUGUGUGGGCGCGCACGCAGACGGCGGUGCAUCUCUACGGCUCCAUGCUUUCUACUGCCGUUCUGCGGCGGGACACGCUCAAGCUGUUCGUGCCGGCCUUUCUCUUCAACUUUCAGAACUUUUUAAUCUUUGUCGGACUUUCCAAUUUGGACGCGGUGUCGUUCCAGGUGUGGUCGCAGACAAAGCUGCUGUCCACCGCCCUCUUCUCCGUGUGGCUGCUGCAUCGCAAGCUGUCGCUGAUGCAGUGGAUUUCUCUCGUGGUGUUAACGGCUGGGGUGCUCGGUGCGCAGCUCGGUGCUCCCAAAGGCGGGUCUCCAUCGGCAGCCGCGUACACGGUGCCCACCAGCUCCACUCCCACGCCGACCCCACGGCAGCUGCUGGGGGCGCAGCGGCGCUUUACCCGGAUGGUGUGGGCGCUUGGUGCUGCGGAAGGGCAAACGACGAUGGACGGUGACGAGGAGCCGCAGGCCAACGCGUUGAUUGGCAUUGCCGCCUGCGUGCUCUCCGGGCUGUCCUCGAGCUACGCCGGGGUGUACUUUGAGAAGGUGGUCAAGACCACCAGUCCGACGCUGUCCAUCCGCAAUGUUCAGCUCUCCAUCUUUGGCAUCCCGCUGGCCUUUGUAUCGAUGCUGCUGCUAGAUGUCAUACCGCGCUGGUACGCCCAGCAUCAGUGCGGCGAUGCGAUACACUGGAACAUCUUCCGAGACCCCUUUCCCGCCGCCGCGUCCCUGCAGCACUUCCGCGACGAUCGGGAGUGCCCGGCGCGACCGUUUUAUUUCUGGCAGCGGUACGACCAGCUCUUAACGUGGGGUCUGGUCGCCAUUCAUGCCUUUGGGGGCCUGCUGGUCGCGAUUGUCGUGAAGUACGCCGACAAUAUUUUGAAGGGCUUCGCGACGGGUGUGGCGGUGAUUGUGAGCGGGAUGAUGAGCUCUGCGAUUUGGGGUUAUAAGCCGACCAUGACUUUUGUGUUCGGUGCCGUGCUGGUGAUUGGGUCAAGUAUUAUGUUUCACAAGUUUGAGCCAAAACGGUAA